CGGCGUUACGUCACGCCACGUUCCAGUGCGGAGCUCGGCGCUGACCGGCGGCGGCGGCGACGACGGCGAGUUGUUGGCUUGUGAUGGCGGCGCCUUUCUACCGCGACCACACGACCAGCACCGGACACCUGGAAGCGGCGCCGAUGGACAAGAAGAGCGCGGCGGCGGAUCGGCGUCCCCCGUCUCAGGAGCUGAACGGCGGCUCCGUGCUGACGCUGCCGGAGUCGGGUGCCCAGGCCGACAGGCCCGGAAGCAGGCGGGAAGCCGAGGGCCUCGUCCAUCCACUGGCGAAAGGUAGAAGAUUCUUGCUUGGAGGCAGAGACGAGAUUGAAAAUCCGCACCCUUAUGCAUUGCAGGAUUUGACCAAACAGAACCAACAUGUGGUCUUGGCGGGAGCCCCAUGCUCAGCUCAUACCUCCACCGCAAUCUAUCAUGGCAGUCUGCAUUUGGCCCAGUCGAAAGCAGAUGUCCCUGUCUAUACCAACCUUGGCAAUUACAAUCCAGGCUUGCCCAACACAGGCUCUGAAAGUUAUCCCACUGGCCAUGUUCCCUAUGCAAGCCCAGCAUCAUUACAACAUCAUUUAUCAGCCUUGGCACAGCUCAUGUGUCCAAAAUAUCAAGAAGAGCCCCAGACAGUACCAGAAGUAGGCCCACUAAGUGAAUCUCCACCACUCUCCCCAUUAGAAGAUGGAGGGCAGCAUAUCAAAGCUGAAAAGAAGAGACAGAGAAAUCGCAUUGCAGCAUCAAAUUGUCGAAGAAGGAAAUUAGAGAGAAUUGCAAGACUGGAAGAUAAAGUAAAGACCCUAAAAUCAGAGAACUUUGAGUUAACCUCAACAGCAAGUGUACUACGUGAGCAAGUGGUGCAUCUCAAACAUAAAGUGAUGAAUCAUGUCAAUAAUGGAUGUCAGGUAGUGCUUGCAUCCUCUAGCCUCCUAAAGCCAGAAGAAAACGGCAGCAUUUAAAAUAUCCUGCUUAAUAUAGCUUGAUCAAAAAAUUAGUUCUGCGGAGAAGUGCUGAAUUGGAUGCUCAUCUCGACUUUUGUAUUUCCAAUAAGCUGCUAAACAUAAUCUGAAGUUAUUCUGCAGAAAUGCUUUGAGCAGCUACUUCAAAUGCUUCAUUUUGAAGAAAGAAAAUGGAAAGAAUAUCUGCAGCCCAGUGUACCUCCUGUUGAUGAUUGUUCUAGUUAUACAGGUGUAGUGAAAGGACUGUAACAGUUCACCUAUUUUCUGGAAAUUUUUCUUUGUGUAAACUUACUUUAUUUGCAGUUUAAAAGAAAAGAAGUCACCUUUGAGGAAAGCCUCUUUGCUUACCUUGGAAGGUAUCUGCUGAAAAUAUUUAAAUUGAAAUAAUUAAUUUUAAUUUCCUUUUCCAAAAAAGUAAAGAUAGAAGUAGAAAGCUUAAGUUUGGAUUUGGAUUUUGUUUUUUUUUAAAGAAUAGUUUUGAUAUACAAUUAUAUUUGUGGAGAUCACAAAAGUUUAAUCCCAUUCAAUACACUGGAUCAAAUGUUUUUAAGUGUGGUAAAUAUUGCAAUGGUUUAUUCCUCGCAAAGAUUGUCAACUCAUUUGUUAUACUUUAAAGAGCUUAAAGGAAUUAAUUUCACAUUAUUUGCAAUUGUUUUGGCUAAAUAUAUUACAUGAGUUUGUAUUGCUUUUGUAAGUUACUGUAUGUUGAACAUGCUGAUCAUUGGUGUUAAAAUGGUACAUUGCUGGAGAGGAUUGCUUAACAGUCUGUGAUGGUCAGAGUCCUACCACAUUCCUUAUAACGUGCAUCUUAUUUCUAGGUGUUGGAUGUGGUUCAAUCUCCCCGAGUUGUGGGUUCAAGCUUCAAUCACAGCCUUAGUCUGUAAUUUAGAAGUCCUGAGGGAAUGCUUCAGAGUUUGAGGUGUCUUUGAAUUGGCAUAACUCUUUCUGCCUUGUGCCUUGACAUUUUGUGGACACCUUGCAAAUUAGGUGGCAUUUUCAGUGUCCCACACAACAUUUAAAGUUGAUAAUCUGGUUAUUUAUUUCAUUUAUAUUUGUUGAAACAUGCUGCAGUCAAAUUUCCUGCUUGUUUCGUUUAAUUGUGGUGGAACUUUAAAAGCACCCGUGGCUGGCUAUAAAGCACAAUUAGACAUGCCGAAAUUGUGAAAGGUGCUAUAGAAAUACAGCUUCCUUAUGGUCUUGGAACUUGUACAUCAUUGCAUUGUGUCCUUUUCUGAAACUUAUUAUUUAGUUAUUUGUUCAAUGGUGGUACUUGCUAAUUUAAUUUUAAUGUUAAUUAAAUGUUUGAAUAUUACUGUAUGUUUACUUGCAUUUCCAUUGGGAUGGGCUGAAGCUCUAGAACAAUUUCAAUCAUUUAAAAUUGAGAUAUUCAACCAGUUCUGAAAAUAGUGUUCCUUUUACAAGAUAAAUCUGUAUCAGUUAUUUACAAAAACACCAUGAAGGCAGGCCAUCAUUGCUUACUCUGCCCAGGCACUGGGUUUGAAAGGCAAAAAAGAGGCUUAUAUCUAUUUAUAUUCGAGAUAAAACUUUGGUAAAUUCAAAUAAACAGUUUGUUAACGAUU